UUCGGUACGUGACCGUUUUGGUGAUACGGCAAUUUACUUAUAUGUCUGUAACAUUGUCUCACCGUAUGGAAUGUGGUAAAGAAAUGUUAUCUUUACUACUAUAAGUUUAUUCAUGACUACACUAUAAGAUGGUCGCGAUAGUCGAUAUGGAUGAUCUGAUGAUCGUAGACCGGUCAGAUAAUUUUAUAAUUUUUAGUUAGUCGACGGAAAGUAAAGUACGUAUACGUAGUAAAAUAUUGUGCUUGUAAUUUGUUUUUUUGUCCAUAAUGUCAGAAGUAAAAUCAAAAAGAAAUAAAAAUGUGAUCCCCGUGGAUGGUUAUUAUAUAUGUAUAUAUUCGAUAAACUUAGUGCGGAUGAAACUGAACGGUUUUGGUAAUGUCGUCUUAAAGAUUUGUCUUGUCCGGCUCAAAUACAUACCGGUAUACAUGAUUUUAAAGUUUUAAAAUUUUCUGCUUAAAAUCAUUAUCAUAAUUCUGAAGCUGCUAGAAUAGAAGCAGACACAGUUUUAACGAGUAUCCGCCAACGAGCUAUUUUAACAAUGAAACCCACGUCUAGUAUAAUUAACGAAUGUGUUAACGGGUUAUCAGAUGCGGCAACGGUGUACGCAUUAUAUUUUAUUUUUCUGUUAUUAAAAUAAGUUCAUGGCAUAUUAUACUAUCCCUAUCUGGUCCGUACUGUAAUAAAUAAAUACUUUAACUUAUAGGGCGUUUUACAAUCUUCCGAAGCUCUAAAACGACAAGUGCAACGUAUAAGAAAUAAUGAAAUAGCAGCUACAUGUGAUCCAUCCGAUUUAUUAUUUUUAUAGACACCCAGUGAAUAUAAAAUUUAUUCACCAUUAAUCGGUGUUAAUGAAACAUUUUUAUUGGUUGAUAGUGGGCCCAGCAACGAAAGAAUAUUAAUAUUUUGUUCACCGUUUGGUCUCAAGUUAUUAAAAGAUUCGAAAACAUGGUAUACAUGGAUGGAACUUUCAAAGUGGCACCUACUCUAUUUUGCCAAAUGCAUGUUAUGUUAGCUGAAUUUUUAGGGGGAGUGCAUCCUUGCAGUGUAUGCAUUGUUACCUAACAAAAAAGAACAAACAUAUGUACAAUUAUUUAGUAUGAUUAAACAAUUACAACCUGAUCUCCAUGCAACAUCACUUUCUUAUGAUUUUGAACUUGGUGUCAUAACUGCAAUAAAAAAUUCAUUUGAGAAUAUAAAUAUUUUUGGAUGUUAUUUUCAUUCAAGCCAAAAUUUUUUGAAAAAAGUUGGAGAGUUACAUUUAAUAUCAAAAUAUAAUAAUGAAGCAAAUUUUUGUGGUGCAACCAUACCCAUUAUUGCUUUGGCGUUUAUACCAUUGUGUGAUUUAGAUAUUGCUGCAGAUGAGUUGGUAGACGAACUUUCAGAUGAGCUUAUACAAUUAUUUGAGUGGUUUGAAGAAUUUUACAUUGGGAAGAAAAAUCGACGUAUAGGGCGAAGAAAACCAAGAUAUUCCCAUGAGAUGUGCAAUCUUUACCAACGAAUAUUGAAUGAUUCAGACCGGACGAAUAAUCACGCAGAAGCGGCAAGUCGACGAUUAAAUAUUCAAAUGGGUACUCAUUCAACGAUAUGGACCUUCAUUGCGAAUCUCAAAAAAAUUCAAGCCGAACGUGGUACGCACUAUGAAAAUCUUGUGUCGGGAAAUAGUCCUCCAAGGACGUUGAAAAAAUUUCAAGACACAGAUAAAAGAAUAAAAAGGUCAAGCGUCGAAACAGAUAUCGUCUAAUUGACUUAUCGCCGAAAUGUCCGCGCCGAAUUGCCCUCGUCGAAACGUCUCAUUCCCCGAAAUAAUGUUUCAAUUUUUAACAUCAGUAUUUUUUCCA